UAACAUGGAGCCUUAUUCGUGUGAUGAGGUCACGCAGGCUCCCAUACCCGAGCAUUACCAUCUUCAUCGUCUCCUGAAGUCCAGCUACGGUAUCAACCAAGCGGCUUUGGAGGAACUCACUGGCUAUGAGGAUUGUAAUUUUCUCCUGAGCGACAUGAUCUGGGAAACAGGCACCGGCCCCUCUAGGGCCAUUCUGAAAGUUUCCAAUCCUCUGGAAGCGAAAUGUGAUGAAAACAUCGAUUUCCAGAUUAAACUCUGCCGUAUCCUCAAUGAGAAAGGAAUACCGUGCCCAACGACCAUAAAACGAUUGGAUGGUCGUGAUUGGGCACGUGAAGAGAUAGUUGAUGG